UCCGCUUACAUUUAAGCAGAGCAGCAACACCGCAGAGCUUAAUGCUCAAAUAUUUUUAAGCAGCUCAAACAAACAAAUAAGAUUUUUUUUUUUUUUUAUAUAUUAAAUAUAUUGGCAUUCGCUGUCAGUCUUUGCUUAAAAAAAAUCGAGUCAUCGCUGAUACCCGUGCGUUGUUGCAAUAAUAGCUGCAGCGAUGAAGGGACCCAACACCGAAUCGGACACACUGGAAGAUGCAAGUUCAGAAAUAGACAACACAAACAAUGAAGAGGUGCCACCUUAUCUCAGGGAAGAGCCACCAGAAGAUUCUGACAAAGACCACCCAAAAGCAGAGUCUGGAGUGAUCUGGAGAGUAACGGGAGGCCUCUUCAAUAUGACCCGGGGAGCUGUGGGAGCCACUCUAGGUGGGGUUGCCUGGGUUGGCAUCAAAAGCUAUGAGCUCACCAAGACAGCAGUGACGAGCGUGCCUGCAGCGGGCGUCGGUUUGGUGAAAGGAAGCGUCUCCGUGGUAACUGGAGGAGUUGGGGCUGUGGGCUCCGCUGUCGCCAGCAAAGUUCCCUUCACACCAAAGAAGAAGGACAAGUGUGAUUAAGUCAUGUGUGCUGUAAUCUGUGUUUCUUUAUUUUUGGUUACAUUUUGGAUACACCUCUGUAAAGCUGACAGUGAUAGUACCAGGAUAGGUACUGACUGAGAAAGUGACCAGCAGGAUGUAUUAGCUUUCUUUAAACAUAGUCCACCCCUGCAGUGCUCUUGUCAUUUCACCAUAAAAAAAAACAAGAUCUACUUUCUUGCUUAUAAGCAUGUUCAGAUGGAAACAAAAAUAAAAUAAAAU